GUGGUUUUGGACCCGCGGCUUUGCCCACUUUGUUGAUAAGACGAACGGCCAUGCGAUCACGUGCAUGGCCCCCCACCACACGCUCGCCACCCUUCUCUACGCGGACGAGGGAGCAAGAGCCGUGCCGCCACCGCAUUUGCGCUGGUCGACGAUGUUGAGCGUCGAAGACGUUUUCACGAUUGCACCCGAGAAGGACCAUGUCUAUUGGCAGUGGCACUUGACGCCGCUCGCUUGCUUGCCAUUGUACAACUCGUCGAUGCUCGCGCCGUCGUUGCCUGCUUCGUUCUUUACAGCGGGACACAGCGACCAAACAAAGACAGCCAAUGUCACGUACCCAAACCCAGAGUGCGAAAUCCUGUGUGACCAAGACACGCCAGCCCUUCAACACAAUGUCGACGCGAACGUUGCGCGCUGUCCGCUGCGCAACGAUGCAGAGUACAACGCGCGGCUCGCCGGGUACUUGCGCCAGCCGCUUCCGCUGCAGCUCUCGCCAGCGCACGCGCCGUACAUUGCGCCGUUUAGUGACACGACCAAGCUCCGCGAAGGCAAGCCAUGGGAAUACUGUCUUCCGAUCAGACCGCAGCAGUGUGGCGCCCGGCGCGGUAUCAAGACGACGCUCUUUGAGACGCCGCAAAGCAAGCCGUGCCGGUCGGCCGUGCUCCAGAUCCUCCUCGAGAACAUGCUCGAGGUCAUCGAUGAGCUGCACCUUCCGUCGUUUGUUUACUUUGGCACGCUCCUCGGGGCGUGGCGGGACGAGGCCAUCAUUCCACACACGGCCGACGUCGACGUCGUCCUGCCGUCGUACACGAACUGGACCCACGUCCAGGAUGUCAUGUGGGCACGUGGCUUUUACGUGUUUGAGCGCGAUAUCCACGGCGCCUGCGUCGCGUCGCACCACCCGCUCGCGUCAUUGCUGUAUGCGCCGAAUCAAACGCGGACCGACUCGUCCAUGCACGGCACACCGUAUCUGGAUCUGUACAUGUGGAAAAAAGAGUACGCUGCGUCCACGGCGUUCAUCCAGGUCGAGACGGCCAACGCCAAGCUCACCGCGUCCCAAGUGUUUCCGCUGACGUGCAACCACACGAUCUUUGGCAGUCCUGUGCCCGGCAUCCAGCACCCGGAAGCCAUGUUCAAGAGCGAGUACGGCGACACGUACGACGUGGACCCGAAUUUGCGCCUCGCAGCGUGCGAGUCGUACUGCGACUACCAGCUCGUUCCAAACAAGAAUGCCGCGCGCGCGUAAGUAGGUUAAUAGAGAGUUCAUUAGGUAUGAGAUUCACGG